UUUGUUUCCUUAUGUGGGACGACUCUGUGGUGUGUAGAGAGAAGGAGGGAGGAGAGUCGGAGAGAAAGAGGGAAGGAAGGAGAGGGGGAAAGAGAGAGAGUGAGUGAGAGAGCGACAGAGAGAGAGAGAGAGAGAGAGCAGUAUUGGCUUCCAGGAAAACUCCUAUUACUGUAUCACUGGGAAACCUGCAAGUGGAUGUGGCAUCAAGGCGAUGCAGAUGCAAGACGCAGAGGCUGACUGUCAGACACUGCACUGAACAGGACAGUAAGUGUUACUAAAUCAUUGUCUCUGCUUUUAGUCUGGAGCUUGGAAAUGAAAUAGCAGGCUGCAGUGAUGCACAGAGCUAGCUGAGGCCAGCUAGGCUACUGCAAAACAGCAGUCAGAAUAUUUUAGACCUGGUAGAACAGUGGUGUUAUAUUACAUUUGUAGAACUUUAGGUUUGUUUUUGAAUGAUUUCAAUGAUACCCAAUAGAACGACACUUGAGCAGAUACACACUUAGUGUGUUAAAGUGUAUGUUUAAACCUGAACUUAAGUCUGUGCAUGUGUAAUGUUACUUGUUACACGCCUCACUGUUUAAACAAAAACAAAAUGCUUGUAUUGUAUGGAUUUAUUGUUUGGUGAAGAUAAAAUACUUCAUUAGAACUUGAUAUACCUGAAGGUCUAUCGAGCUGGUCAAAGCAAUUUUAUGUUCCAACCUGUCAGCUACAGGUCUUGAAAUUAAGGUUGCCCAAACUUUUGCACACUCAUUUCUUACAUCUCAUUUUAUUUUUUUAAAAACUACGUAAUGCUGCUCUAAGAAUUUCUCACGUCUACAUCUUUGUAGGAAAAGAAAUCUUGUUGCUGUGUUCUUCCCUUAUAAAGGUACAGCAACUUAUCAUAAAAUCUCAGAGGGGUGUCCAAACCUUUGCAUACCACUGUAUAUCUAGAGGGUUGUGGGUUUAAUUCCAGACCUGAUUGAAAGCCCUGCUUUAGUGCUGUCAUUCCGACCACAUUUAAGAAGGUUCUGGUGAAGUAUUGAUGGAAUACAUGCAUUUCUUAGAUACAGUCUUAGUUUAUAACUGUUAAGUUUAACUGAUAAGUUUUGAGUUCUUGGCUCUAUUUGGGAAACCUCGUGUUUGUGCAAAACAAUUUUUAAUGCCUGUUAUUCAGAAUUUUAAUACAGCAAUGUGGUUUAAGAAAUUAGAUCAAUCCGUGAUUAGAGCGAGAGAUUUUGUAACUCCUUAUUAAAAACUGGAGAAUGAUCCAAAAAACCCAAAACAACUAAUGACUAAUAUAACCAAAACUACAUGCACAUUAAUGGAACAGGAGCUUGUACUUCUCUCUCUGUGUGUCCUGUGACAGUAUCUCUGUCCUUGUUCAGAGAGCCAGGCAUUUAUUGGCAUGUUGAAGCUUUGUGCACAGAGAAAAGCUGUUGAUCUUAUUAGAAUGGUGGAUUCAAAGGGAACUAGCUGAAUCGGAGGAAACACACACCGGCACAAACAUGAGUGUGUACCUAAACACAACUUAAAAAAAAUCUAUUCCUCAGGCUGAUGUUUAGUAUUUGAGUGGAUGGACUAAAACAGGAGCCUGUGUUCCCACUAAUUAACAUUGAGCCUGUGUUUGCAGCCUGAUGCUCAGAGUAGUAACAGCCGACCUGUAAUGUUAAUGAUUGAUCAAAACUCUAACACUCACAUCUAUAACAGCUGGUUGCUAAGAGCCUGAGGAGACUGAUGUGUAAAAACAAACAUGACUGUAGAAGGUGAAAUGCAUAAAAAUAAUUACAUUUUUUGGAAUUUUUUUUAAAUCAACGGAACAACUGUUUUGUGCUUUGUUUAUGUGGUUAAUUAACAUUUUAAUAUUAGUUGUGUUUUACUUGUUCCUCUGUUUAAUGAAAUAAUUUAAAUGCAGACUCACUCCUCACCCAGUCUGCUGGGACAGUCUCACCAGUCUGUGUUCCUGGUCUACAGCACAUGCUCACAGGGGUUGCCUGGCACCUUAGAAGAUGGUGGGACUGAGAAACCGUUCCACAUGGGAACCGUUGCUGCUCAAGACGUCCUGCAUCAAGUCCUGUGCCAACGGCUGCUCUCUGGGCAUCACUGCAAACCUCACCUACGCCAACGCUGACAUAGAGCCUGUAGAAGGGGUAUUUGUGUACCCCCUGGGGGAAAAGGAGGUUGUGGUGGGCUUUGAAGCGUCCAUCUCAGGCCGAAUGGUUGGGGUCCAAAUCGAGAGCAGGGGGAAGCUGAAGGACUGCUGUUUGGACUGCUGCCCUGGACCUGGUCUUGAAGGCCACUGUGAAAACGGUCAGCAGUGGGGCUGCUGUGGGGGCUCCAGCCAUGAUAUUCAGUGUACUAAGGGGCACCUCAUCCUGGAUGAAGACCUUGAACGAACCACCUUCAUCGUUGGCACAGGGGUCAUCGGUGCCAUGGAUAUUGUGUCCAUCAUUAUAAGCACCACACUUGAACUUCCCACAUUAGAAAAUGGAGCCAUCCACAUCACCUACCCGUCCUUACUAACUCCUGUGGUCACCGGUCAGAUGACGGCAAGCAAAAGUGAAAAUAGCGGGAAGUUGGAAGAAACAGGUUGUUUCGGUGCCACCUCAGGAAAACAAGACCGUGUCCUGGGCUCGGAGCAACAGUGCGCUCAUGCCAUCUUUAUGGGUCCAGCUGCCAACCUGGCACCAUAUGAGCUCAACUUUCAGCUGCUUGUCAGAGGCGCCUGUCUACUUGCCGGCCUGGAGAGUCCCACCCACGCUCUAAGAGCAGAUGCAGACCCAAGUGCCCAGAGUGCUUCUGCCACAUACAUCACUCUGGCACAGGAGCAUCCGUACGACCGACAUAUAGAGAUCAUUUUGCACCUAAGUGAACCCCACAGUCCACUGGUCAUCUUAGAGAGAGGCAGACUCUCCUUCAGCCAGUAUGAACAGCAGAUUUCCUCCCGUCGUGAUUUCAUUCGCUGCACCCGUAAAGAUUCAGAGCCUGAAAAGAAGCUUGAGUUUGUGAGGAAGCGGUACCACAAGGACAUUUUGAACAGUCCAGUGUUGAUGCUCAACUUCUGCCCUGACCUGCUGUGUGAACCACAGGAGCUGCACAAAGCUACCAGAGAACUGCUGUUCCUCGUAGAUCGGAGCGGCAGCAUGAGUGGCAACAACAUUCAGCGUGUUAAGGAAGCCAUGGUGGUAGCACUGAAGAGUCUUCCUUCUGGAACCAUGCUCAACAUUGUGGGCUUUGGAACCACCAUCAAGCCUCUGUUCACCACCAGCAGACUCUGCACCGACGUUACUCUCAUUCAGGCAUUUGAAUAUGUUCAGAGGAUGAGAGCUGACAUGCGGGGCACUAACCUCCUGGGGGCACUGUCCUGGGUCUACCAGCAGCCUAUGCAGCGCUCGUAUCCUCGACAGGUCUUUGUUAUUACAGAUGGCUCUAUCGGUAGUGUUGCCAAAGUGCUGGAGCUGGUCCGGAGAAACACAUGCACUGGCAGAUGUUUUGGUCUUGGCCUUGGUCCUCGAGCUUGCAAGCGCCUCCUGCAGGGCGUGGCCAGAUUAACAGGAGGGACCACAGAAUUCUUGGACGAUGAGGAGAGGCUCCAACCCAAGUUGAUCAAGUUGCUGAAGAAGGCGUUUGAACCUGUGCUGACUGAUGUAAGGAUUGACUGGUAUCUGCCUGAAAACAUGGAGGCUCUUCUGUCACCCAAUGAAAUUCCUCCGCUUUAUGCUGGCAACUGUCUCAUUGGCUACUGCACUCUGUAUGAUAUGACCAGUUUCAAAACAAAAAAGAUAGAGAUUCCAGAACAGGGCUUUAAAGGUGUUCAUCGUGGCUCAACUGGGUCCGUUUUUGGACAAUCAAAUGAUGAAUUAUCACCUCCUCCAACCUCUGAAUUAAUGCCUGUGGUAAAAUGUGCAGAUGGCAAUGACUUAGAGGAAGCAUUGAGGGAAAUUUCAAGAGAAAUUUCCUCUGAGUUCUCUUGUGCCAGAGACACAGACACUGGUACCAGCCCAGGUGCAGAACUGGAUUGGUCUAAUGAUGUGAUGAGGAGAAUCCAGGAAAGUUCUUAUAUCCAGGAGCAGUAUGUCCUCACUCGCUGCUCCAUCAGCAGUGAGCGGGGUCUACAGAUGCAGUCCCUGUCACUCUUACAGGCCUCAUCCAACUCUGACUCAGCGGGUGUUGCCUUUCUGACUGAUCCAGAGUCCUCUGGUUCAGCGUUGGACACAGGUUCUCUCCCUCAGGGCCUUGAAAAGAUGCCCUCUCCAGAACAGAGAUCCUCCCUUUCUCGCUGGGCAGACGCUGCCUUGCAGCAAAACCUAUUGCCUGAAACUCAGGAUAAUGCGGCAAAAAAGAGUGUACGCAUGGAGCAAGGUGGAGAGUUCCGUAGAAGACAAAAAACUCUGGUUCAUUCAACUAUGGCUGCAAGGAGUUUCUCGUCUCCACAGGGUGAGCUGGAGAUGCAUCGUCUAAGGAGAGCUCUGGAGAAGGUCUCCUUUGACCAGACGCUGGGAGGCAGGCUGGAGGAAAGUGAUGGGGAAACAAAGCCCCCUUCAAGAGGAACACUGUCACGGAGAAGCCUCACUGACUCUAAUGGUCUUCUGUUUCCUGCCUCGCCUUUGGACUGGGACAACUUCACAGAUCCAGAGUAUCUCUUUACUGCGUUCCACCCAGUUGAUCCUCCCCCCGGUCAGUGCCGCUCGCAAAUCCAUGGCCUUCUUGGUGGCAGGCCUGUGUCCUGGGAGGUCACUGUAGACCUGGGCCACCUCUGGGACUUUGAAGGACAGGAAACACCAGGGUCUGGUGGGUACGAAGGAGGGAGAGAGGAAGGAGUAAAGGGAGAGGAAACAUGGCAGGAGUUAAUUCACCAGCUGACUGCUCGGUCGGUCAUAAGAGACUUUGAGAAAAUGGCAGAGAAAGAAAGCGACAACGGACAUGGUUCAACAAAGCGAUACCGAGUGAAAGCUAUUCAGACCAGCAAGCACUGUAACAUCGUCAGCAUGUACACAGCAUUUACUACGACUGAUGAUAACACCAACAAAGUGUUGGCAGACAGCACAGAGGUCAAAAACACAGGGUUGCAUUCUGGGAACAGGUGGAGUUCCCAGUCAGGAAGUCGAAGGCAAAGAACCUUUUCUGUAGGUCUUGGCAGACGGCGUUCCAGCAGAGGUAGUGAAGAGAUUGAGGAAACCUGGAACUCCACGGACAAGGAUGACACUCCUGCCUCACCGUGUAGCCAUACGUCCUGGGACUCCAGUAAGUCUUGUAAGAGGAAAACAACAUACACUGCAGGGGGCAAUGCAACAGCCACAGCAAUAACAGGUUCUUCGUGCAAUCGCUCACAGCGAUCCAUAGAGAGCAAGUCAAUGGAGAGCUUCUUUGGUGGCAGGUUUCCACUGGGCAGACUUAGAUCUUCUAUUUCAUCAGGAAAGCAGAUUCCUCUUAAGUCGCACUGUUUAUCUGCGGAGACAGAGAAACAACCUGAAACUGAGGUCCCAGACUACUUACCGCUGGUGCGUCUGCAGCUGGCAUCGGGAGCCUUUCUGCUGACAGAGAACUACUCGGACUGCGUCCAAAUUCCUCUAGACCGACUAAAAAGGGCUUCACCUUACAGCCUUCACCGCCGGAGCCUUAGUCCACCUUUCCGCUGCACAUCCCCCAGUGCUCCAUCUCUUUCCACCACGGCUAAGCCCCAGGGUUUACAGAGUCACCAUGUUACUCACUCUUCUACUACCUGUGUCCUCUCCAAGACCAGUGCCCCUCCUUUUCAUCACACUCCUGACAACACUCCAUUGAUGCUGGAACCGAGGCUGCGCCGAAGACGCCUGUCUGAGCGAGAACCUGUCACCUCGCAGCCCGACCUCCCCAGUUUGGAGGAGGACUUCCUGGAGGAACCAGCUGACCUCUAUCAGAGCCAGAGAUAUGGUCAGGCAGAUAGUGGUCGUGGAUCGGAGACAGACGUUUGUGAAGGCUACCUGAUAGAGCAAGCUUUCCUCCAGGUAAACUGCCAGUUGGCUCAAGAGGAUUUAGAGGGCUCAAGCUGGGCCACGGCUGUGGCUCUGGCCUGGCUCGAGCACCGCUGUGCAGGUUUCUUCAUGGAGUGGGAGCUGGUAGCAGCAAAAGCAGAUUUCUGGCUGCGCUGUCAGGAACUUCCCGAGGGACUGGACCUGACAGGGCUGAAAGGAGCGGCCAGACAGCUGUUCCUGCUGCUGCGCCACUGGGAUGAGAAUAUCAAACUGAACAUGCUGUGUUACAACCCCAAUAACAUGUGAGACAAUCAGACCUGAGGAAACUGAGCUACAGUAGAAUGAAAUACUCACUACUAACGACUGUGAUUCCAAAUUGUUAUUUUUCCUGCAGGUUCACCUAACACCUAAAGUAGUGCCAAGUUGAUUUCACUAUUGUGUUGCACAUUAAAGAAUCCUGAUGUGAUCCCAUUACGACGAUGAGAAGAGAAACCUUAAUAUUGCAUAGACCAAGUGACCUUUUGUUAUACGUAUACUUUAUGCAAUCACAUGAAUGCCUUGACCUGAAUGGGCUGUUGUUGAAUCAGUUUUAGCUUCUUGUCAGUCUGUCUGUCUGUGUUGAAUAAUAAAAUGUCUAAUUACUAUCAGUUACUGCAAAUUAGAUGCUGAUGGGUUUAAAAAUCAGAAUAAUUAUUUGAUAAAUUAAUAUGUUUCUUUAAUCUCUGUGAAUUGUUUGGGCAUUUUUAAGACUAUGGAUUUAAAUGUUGUAAUGUUUCAACAUUCACUAAAGAGAAGUAACUAACAUUGUUAAUACAAAGGAGCAUCUCUUUAUUUUAAAAAU